GCGGCAAUCGCGCAUGCCACCAUCGCUGCCGUGUCCUAGCGUCUAUGGCGCGAUCACAUGGCCAGCCCGGCGCUGAAGACUCUCGCCACCCGACCACCGGAAGCCAAGGAGGAGAUACGCCUCCUCUGCUCCAGCGGCCGCCUCAGGGACGCUCUCCACGGCCGCUUCCGUGAGGUCCCUCUAGUUGGAACCCGGCCUCUUCUCGCAUGUCUUCCGGGCCACCGCGCCCUCCCGCUCCUCCGCCAGCUCCACGCCUUCGCCACCACAUCUGGCGCCGCCGCCGACCGCUUCAUCGCGAACCACCUCUUCCUCGCCUACGCCGACCUGGCUGACUUCACCACCGCGCGCAACCUGUUCGAGAGAAUUCCCAAGCGGAAUGUCAUGUCCUGGAACAUUCUCAUCGGGGGUUACAUUAAGAACGGUGAACUGGGAACCGCGCGGAAGCUGUUCAACGAAAUGCCCGCGAGGAACGUCGCAACGUGGAAUGCCAUGACCGCUGGACUCACCGACUCGGGACUAAACGAGGAGAGCUUGGGGUUCUUUGCAAUGCGAAGGGAGGGAAUGCAGCCUUUUGAGUUUGGCCUUGGGAGCGUCUUCCGGUGCUGUGCUGGGCUCAGAGAUAUUGUGUCCGGCCGUCGGAUCCAUGCGUACGUUGUUCGUUCUGGAGUGGACAGGGACAUGUGCGUUGGGAGCUUGUUGGCGCACAUGUAUAUGCGGUGUGGCUUUCUUGACGGAGAGGCUGUGCUGUGAGCGCUGCCUUCACUUAGCAUUGUGUCAUGCAAUACCAUAAUCGCUGGAAGGACGCAGAAUGGAGACUCAGAGGGGGCGCUCGAGUAUUUCUGCAUGAUGAGAGGUGCUGGGGUGGAAGCAAAUGCGGUCACAUUCGUGAGUGCCAUUAGUUCUUGCUCGGACUUGGCAGCUCUUGCACAAGGUCAGCAAGUUCAUGCACAAGCUAUCAAGGCUGGAGUCAACAAGGUUGUGCCGGUCAUGACUUCACUUGUGCAUAGGUACUCUCGGACUCGGAAAGAGUUUACUUUGGGUAUAGUGGGUCAGAUCUUGUCCUUUGUAGUGCGAUGAUCUCAGCUUAUGGAUUCCACGGGCAUGGGCACAAAGCAGUUGAUUUGUUCAGACAAAUGAGGAAUGGAGGGGCAGAACCUAAUGAUGUUACUUUCUUGACCUUGCUAUAUGCAUGCAGCCAUAGUGGUCUGAAAGUCGAAGGCAUGGAUUGUUUUGAGCUUAUGACUAAGACUUAUGGACCACAGCCAAGUGUUAAACACUACACUUGUAUUGUGGAUCUUCUUGGACGUUCAGGUCUCCUAAAUGAAGUGGAGGCCCUCAUCCUGUCGAUGCCUGUGCGUCCUGAUGGGGUCAUAUGGAAGACAUUACUAUCUUCUUGUAAGAUCCAAAAGAAUUUUGACAUGGCCAACAGGAUAGCAGAACGUGUCAUUGAGUUGAGCCCUCAUGAUGCCGCAUCUUAUGUUCUUCUAUCAAAUAUUCGAGGUACCAGCAGCACAUGGGAGGAUGUCAGCGAGGUAAGAAAAAUCAUGAGGAAGCAGAAUGUGAGGAAAGAACCUGGAAUUAGCUGGGUGGAGCUUAAGGGUCAGGUGCACCAAUUCUGCACAGGAGAUAAAUCCCAUUCACGGCAAAUAGAGAUCGAUCAAUGCUUGGAAGAAAUGAUGGCCAAGAUUAGGCAAUGUGGGUAUGCACCAGACAUGAGCAUGGUAUUUCAUGACUUGGAAGAUGAGGAGAAAGAAGUUAGUUUGGCUCACACAGUGAGAAGUUGGCUAUAGCAUUUGCUUUUCUGAGCUUACCUGAAGGAGUUCCUAUUCGGGUUAUGAAGAAUCUACGUAUGUGUGAUUAUUGCCAUGUAGCUAUUAAGUUGAUGUCUAAGGUAACUGGUUGGGAGAUUGUGGUCCGAGAUGUAAGCCGUUUUCACCAUUUCAAAGAUGGAAAAUGCUCUUGUGGAUAUUAUUGGUGAUAGGAGUAGACUGCCAUCAAUAUAUCUUUUGCCUCAGUUGAGGGAACAAGACUUGUCGCUCAGAUUUAUGAACGCCAGUUGCUUGGUACCCUCUAUUUCCUGGCAAUUUGAGCUACCCUUAGGUGUGCAGGCAGGGCGGGAGUGUCCACAAGCCUACUGAUUUGCCCUCUGGAAAGAACUGAUAUGGUGAUGGUCAAUGAGGGUCGGAUUCUAUUUCUUUGUUGCUCGAAAUGGGUUGUCCUGCUAAGCCCAGUCUUUUCCCUGAUGAGUCACUAUUAUUGUUUAGUGAGCAAGCUGACCACUCUGAACCAUCUUGCAGUAUACCAGCAUGAGUCGUUACGCCCUGUUACUCAGUCUCACUUUGCACCACCAGAUUUUUAUAGGCGGGCGCGGCACGAUCACUUUCAUCAGUCGUCAGACCAUCACCCACCCCGGCUGCAAGCGCCAAACUCCAAAGCCGCGAGCAAAUCCCUGCGCCGCCGCGCCAUGGCUUCCCCGUCUCCCUCCUCUCCUCUCCACCAGCACCAGCACCAGCACCAGCUUCCCCCCAAUGCUCACCCCCAAUUCCAAGCCCCAUUGCCGUCGAUGCCGCUCGCUGCGCCGCCCAAGGCGCUCGACCUGGAGGUCACCGUCGUCUCGGGCAAGCACCUGAAGAACGUCAACUGGCGCCGCGGCGACCUCCGCGCCUACGUCGUCGCCUACCUCGACCCCUCCCGCCGCGCCGCCACCCGCCCCGACGACGCCGGCGGAUGCAAGCCCGUCUGGAGCGAGCGCCUCGUCCUCCCGCUCCCGCCCCACCUCUCCCCGCACGACCCCUCCAUCCUCCUUUCCCUCGAUGUCUUCCACUCCAAGCCUUCCGACUCGCCCAAGCCGCUCGUCGGAUCCGCCCGCUCACCUCUCCGCGACCUCCUCUUUCCCACAAACCCUAACCCUAGCCACGAUUCCCCGUCCUCCCCUCUCGUCACCCUGCCGCUCCUCCGCCCUUCCGGCCGCCCACAAGGAAAGCUCCGCAUCCGCGUGUCCAUCCGUGAGCGCUCGCCGCCUCCUCCCGAGCCGCAGUACCCGCCGCCGUCCAGCUCCCCCUACUACUUUCCUCCGCCUUCCGCCUACUCGGCCCCACCGCAGUACGUAUCAGAUCAGUACUACCGCCCCAGCGGGUACUACUCUGCACCACCACCACCUCAGUAUGAGUACAGCGGAGGGCCCUCCGCACCGGUGGAAUACAGCAGACAGUAUGAACAGAGAGGGAGUGGAAGGUACGGAGUAGGCACUGGACUUGCAGUGGGUGCAGUUGCUGGGGCCCUCGGGGGGCUUGCAGUCGAAGAAGGUGUGAAGUACAAGGAGGAAAAGGCUGCAGAGCGGGUGGAAGAGAAGGUGGCACCUGCUGGGAGGGGUGAUUACAGCGAGUAUCGUGGCGAUUAUUGAACGUGAGUUUGUGUGAGUGAGGAUGCACUGUGAGUUGCUUCUUCUUUCCUUGCCAAUGUGGGAAUAAAGUCACAGUGUUAGUUUAUGAUUCGCUCCGUAUAUGUAUAUAUUUGCGUAAUAUGUGUGACAGAUUUGGUGUGUACCAUGAAGGUUUCAUGAUUUGCUUUGAUGGUGUACUUGUGACUUGUUGUCUUGCUGUUUAAUUUUAUCUUCUCCCUCGGUUGUACUGCUUCA